AUGUCUACAAAAUUCCCGCCAGAAACACUUCAAGAAAUAUUCUGGAAUCUUAAAGAAGACGCAUCAACGCUGCACUCUUGUCUCCUGGUGAAUCGUCUCUGGUGUGACAAUGCUAUCGUUGUAUUAUGGCAUAACCCGUUCGAACUGUGUCCAUCAGCGAAACUCUUGAAUGCUUUGUUACCUUUUAUACGCGGUCAACGAAUUCUAGAAAAUAAAGAUGGAAUGUUGCGAUUAUCACCGAAACCAUUCUACUAUUAUCCCGGCUUUUUGCGUGUGUUGUCGAUUGGUGCCAUUUAUCAGACAGUGGCUGACUGGUCUUGGACAUCGAUACACUGGCGAAAUUUGCUUACCUUAGUGCAUCACGAUGAUGAUAAUGCCACCUAUGAAGCAGAUGUUAAUGAGGAUAUCAUCACGGAAGGGGAAGUAAGACACCAACAACUGUGUCAUCAACGCCCAUGGAAUAUUUUUGGCAUGUCAAUAGAGAUUUGUAAUUUCUUUUUUCGGAAGUCACGACGAAUUGAGCGCCUUUCACUUUGGUGUACUGAACGAUCAUGCAACCAAAGAUUCAUCCCACAUUUCCAUUAUAACGGGUUUCACCGUAUAGAAUGCGACAAUCGACGUCUACCCUGGAAAAAAUCACCGAAUUGUCUAUCGGGCCUAUCGGAAUUCGAAUGCUUCGGCCCAUUUGAUCACCAAAAAUUAUUUGACGAUGUCGCCCAAAACUGCAAACACAUCGAAUCUAUAAAAAUCGCCGAAGAUUGGAGUCAGACGCUCCGUGAUUUCGAUUUUCCGAAUGAGGAUAGACGCGAGGCGUUAAAGCGACUAUUGGAAGAACAGAAAAACCUCAAGGAGGCCGACUUUGAAUUCAUGGCUCGACGAAUGACCCCAAUUCUUGUUGGACUUGAGAGCCAAGCACGAUCAUUGACACGGCUUGUGUUUCAAAGGAUAAAUUUUGGCGAGUCGAUCACGUUGGAACCAAUAAGUAAAUGCACGAAUUUGGAAGAAUUACGGUUCAUUAAUUGUUUUUGGGUGACAAAGGAUGCUUUGGCACCGCUUACCCGUACACAAUUUUCUAAAUUGAAAAAAUUCGAGUUCUGCGAGGCACCUCUUCAAGUUGCGUACCAUGUUCCACCGAUAAGUGAGUUAUGCGCGAUAUUUCGAAAUCUAGGCUCUAGUCUACAAGAAUUAAAGCUCGACUGCGGCAGAAUACAAUACGAAAGUCUAUUUCAAAAAGUGGCCACCUCUAACCCAAACAUCAUCAGUCUACAACUAAAUAUUCCCUCGUCGAAAACCUCAGUUCUUAUCGAUGUUCUGGACUACUGGCCGCUACUAAACACCCUUAUCGUUACAGUGGAAGAUCUCUGUUUCUCUGACUUCUUUAACGCAGACCGGGGAACUGAGCUCAGUAAACGAUUGUCGCGUAAUAUUGAGACGUUGCACAUUGAGGAUUGGAUUAUUGGGGUAGAGGAAUUGGAUGUGUUCCUUGAAAAAUGUGGGGAUAAUUUGAAGAGUUUUAAGUUUCGGAUUUCGGGGUUAAGGGAGCAUUAUCGUAAGAUCAUUAAGCGAUAUGCUGCGAAAAAGGGAGUUCGUCUAGAGCGACUCGAAUUCACGGAUGGUUGGUUGUGCCGCGAUUUCGCAGUAAUUGCCUUUAACAGAUAA